AUGGAGGCAUCUAAACUCGCCCUUUUGGUCAUGCUCGCAAUGGCAGCCGUGAUGUCUGACCCCUGCAAUGCCCAGAACUCGCCACACGACUACGUCGUCGCCCACAACGUCGCUCGCGCCGCCGUGGGCUUGGGCCUUGUGACCUGGGACGCGUCCGUGGCGGCCUAUGCGGCGAGCUACGCAAGGCAGCGCUCCGGCGAUUGCAAGCUGGUGCACUCAAAGGCACCACAGUACGGGGAGAACCUCUUCUGGGGCUCCGGCGAGGACUGGACGGCUGCGCAGGCCGUGAAGAUAUGGGCCGACGAGAAGGCCAACUACAACUACGCCUCCAACAGCUGCGCCGCCGGGAAGCAGUGCGGGCACUACACGCAGAUAGUGUGGCGCAACUCAACGCAUAUCGGCUGCGCGCGUCUGCUCUGCGACCACAACGCCGGCGUGUUCAUCACUUGCAAUUACAGCCCUCCGGGCAACUACAUUGGGCAGAGGCCAUAUUGA